CCCUCCCAUCGAUUUCUGACAGUCGAGGGCUUUCACGAAUGAGAGUCUCGCGUGGGGGUGGGGGUGGGAGGCAGGAUGUAGAAUAUAGAUACACAUUUUUUUUUCCCCUGAAAGAAAAUUGUUAUGUGUGACGGAACACGUGUGUUUGUUGGGGCAGGGUGUAGGAAGAUAGGAUCUGUUCUUUUAGAGUCUCAGAGAAUGUGUUUGAUCCUUACGGAAUUAGAUUCAAUUGUCACUAUUUCAAAAAUAUAUAUUUAAAAAAAAAAAACGGAAUUUUGUUUGUGUUCGGUCCAUGUACGAAAUGCUACUACAUGUGUGUGUAUGUGUAACAUAUCUCUGAAUUUUUAACAGCGCGUUAACAGUCGGCGAAUAAAACUUGCAUUUUUUAGUGAAUUGAAUUAUGAAAUCAUAUGGUUGUGUUAAACAGUGAACAGGGUUUAGUGUUUUACUUUCUUCGAAUGGGAUUUUGGAAUGAACUUUUGACUAAGUUAAGUGUUUUAAACGUUUGCCUGGGACCCAAGUCAUCGUUUCGGACACGCUGACUUCAAUAGAAGAGCCAACGCUUAAAGUUAAUUUGGAUAUUGAGAUUGUUCUUCUUUUAUUAAGGAUUUUUUGGUUAGUCGAUGUGAAGACUUUUUAUUGGACUGGACUGGUCAGGAACACGUUUGGAAAGCUUGAUAAAAGCACAACAUUUUCAUAUAUGGACUAGGUCGUCUUUAAGAUGGGCUCGCUUUGGCACACAUACUGAUGGCAGUCAUCUGCCGGCCCCCAGCUGUAGCUGCUGUGUCCAGCUGUGCUGUGUUCUGACUUGUAAAGCCGUGCUUGACUUGACCCAGGGCCCGCGCUAGUUUGAAGGACUGACCCCCCUGUCUUGACGAGAUGACUGAGUUCUCUCCAACGGCACAGUUUCCGGUCAGGUGGCUGGAGAAUUUCUACAGCUACACGCCGCAUUCGUACAUCUCGAUGUGGGAGUCCAACUGGAGCUCUCCUCCCUCCAGGACGGCCUCCCAAUCCAAGCGUGAACAAAAGAGGCGCCCCAAACCAAAGGAUGGCACCAUUCUUAUCUGUGGCGUUUGCGGGGACAGGGCGCUGGGCUACAACUUUGACGCCAUCAGCUGUGAGUCGUGUAAGGCUUUCUUCAGGCGUAAUGCUCUCAAGGCCAAGCCCUUCACCUGCAGCUUUGAGGGCAACUGUAAGUUGGAUGCUCAUACUAGAAAGUUCUGCUCUGGAUGCAGGCUAAAGAAAUGUUUCACCAUUGGUAUGAAGAAAGAAUGGAUACUCAAUGAAGACCAACUGGUUAAAAGGAGGCAGCGCCAACAGAGUAGAGGUCAUGGGUCAUCGGGUAAUCCUGACAUUCAGCCCUGCUCGUCCACCUCUAAUGAUCUCAAUGGGGACGACUCCUCAAUGCCGCCAUACAUUCACCAGAAUGGCCCUGUUUCCCACCUAAUGCCUGGCAGUAACAACAGCAAUGACUUUAUGCCUCUGACUCCAGCAAACUACUUUGACACUGCCUCCCCUCCGCAGAAGCGGCAGUACUCACUUUCGUUUGACGGCUCAGGCUCGCCCACCUCAACCACAUCUCCCCCCAUCCCCUUCUCAACACAGCUACAGCGAAACCCCUUGCAAGGGAGUCUCAAACCGCCAGUCGAGACUUUGGCUAAAGUGCCCAAAGUGGAAUACCCACCAGAGGAGGUAGAACCCUUCUGCAGGCAAAAGUCCUUAGACUUUCAGGAUCUGGUGGACUCGACCGACGAAUUGUCCAACUGCUCUCUCAUAAAAGAGGAAAUAGUGGACGACAGGGAAGACUACACCAUUCCCCUGAACCCAAUAAUCAACACCAGCCUGCGUGAAUUAGAAGCAGUCUACAAUGAGAUCUUUGAAGCUCCGUACAUGCCGGAGCACUUGCCCAAGUUAAUGGAGAAACCCAAAACUGCUAAUCAGCUGUUCAACAUGACAGACAUCUUUAUACGGCGACUCAUUCGCUUUGCCAAGCACAUCCCUGAGUUCAAAAGUCUCAAACAGGAGGAUCAAAUACACCUUUUGAAGGGUGGUAUCAUGGAAAUUUUCUAUCUGCGCUCAGCAAUAAGUUUUGAUUCCAAGAACAGUGGCUGGAAAUUCCGUCUUCAACAGAUGUCUGCUCCAACUGAAGCUCCUGCUUCCCAAGAGGCCAAGGUGGAUUCUACCAUCAUAAAAAAUGUCAGCGCACCAAUGUUCAUGCAUCAUAUGGUGUUUGUGCAUGAGCUGCAGGAGAUCUCCAAGAAGGACAGGAUAGUCCUAAUGCUGCUUUUUAUUAUUGAACUCAUGUCUCCUAGUCGUGCCAACCUGGUGGACACACGUAUGGUCUCCCUCAGUCAGGAGCGCCACUCCAUGUGGCUGAAGGCUUACCUCGAGUCCCUCUACCCUGUGUCAGAAGCCAAGGUCACAUACAAUAAGCUGCUUGUGAAGCUGCAAGACGUCAGGAACCUGGGGAAGGAGAGCUGCGAGAUGGCUCAGCAACUAGACAUCACAAACUUAGAACCCCUGUUAGUAGAAGUAUUUGACCUGAACAGGUGAAACCUCAAUACCAGUCUGGUGACAUUUGGUUUCAGUUUCUCUGGUUAAUUGGCACAAGACAGCUGGUUAAAUCAGCCUUGAGGAAGACCAUUCACAGGAAUUCAAGUGCUGGACUUAGAGGACAAACCCUAUUAUUUAUUCAUGUGGAAAGUUUUUUUCUAACUUCAUGGAACUGGAUUAUCAUUUCUGGCAGUUUAGUUUUUUUUUAUUUUCACUUUCUUUGGGAUUUUAUCAUUUCUGGAUUAAAUGUCAGCAUUUGAAGAAGAUGGAAGCUAUACAAAUAUUAAAGAAAGAUAUAUUGUGUUUGGAUAUAAAUUGUUAUUUGUAAAGACAUUGUUCUUUAAAAAGGUGUUCAACCUCAACUACUUGUGUGUACACUGAUCUAAGUAGAAUUCAUCUUGUAUCUACCAAAGAUACAAAUUAUUUGUGCUUGACACAGAAAUGGCUCUUAGCAAUCCCUUUUGCCCACAUGAGAAAAUUUUUUCUCUUAACUUCAGAUAUUGAAGAACUGAAACAAAUUUGUAUUGCGAUGAAAAAGUAAAAAAUGCUGCUCAGUAGAACAAAUAUGAGAUUCUCAUCAUUUUAAUUUUGAAAAAGAUUAAUAUGACCUCGGCCCUCAAAAGUUUAAACAGAGGCUCUGUGAUGGGCAUGGCAAUAUGACAUUUUUAAACUAACACAUUAUUUGAAAUUUCUUAUUUGAUUGACAUUGAAGGAAAUGGACUUCACAACACUGACGUGUCCAGCUGAAAAUGAAAUGGACUUCACAACACUGACCUGUCCAACUGAUGUGCACCAAUGCAUACCCGGUGGUUCUUUAGUAUUUUGUUUUUUAUUUUAAUUCUCAUGUAUAAAUGACCAGUUGUUAUCUGUGUCAGAAUCAGUGACGAGGCCAAUAAGACGCGUUAUACUGGCCAGAAACACAGUCAGAUCAGGCUGGGUCUAUUAAAUUCUGUAGAUAUAUGUACGGACUAUGGGCCUGUUAACAGACAGUAGGGAUUGAGAUGUAUUAAUUUUCUUAUAAUUUUGUUUUUCAUUUCAACCAUGUAAUGCAUGGGCAUCUAAUAUUUGAACAUAGUUUACAACCGAGUUGGGGGCUUGAAGCUACAUUUGUCUAUUAACUUGAAAUUUUUAGUUUAUGCUUAUUAUUAUUCAACUUUGAGUAUAAUUUUUUUGUUUUCAUGUUUUACAUGUUUGGCCUUAGCCUUUCAUAUUCAUGUUGCCUUUGCCAAUUAAGACAAAUUUAAAAUAAAACAAACUAAAAAAAAUUUUUUUUAAUAUUCAGAAUUGUGAUAAAAACUUGAUUUGAACUCUUUAAUUUUUUUUAAAUAUGAGAGUUAUCUAAACAUUUAAAGCGUAAGCUCUGCUUUUAAUAAGUUCAUUUAAGUAUUUUGAGUCCAUAGUAUAGUCUUGAGUUCAAUAUAAAUUAUUAUCUUGACAUGAAAAGGUAAAAAUAAUGGAAAACACAUUUAUAUAUGUCAAUGUUUCAAAGCAAGUUAAGAUAAUUCAUUCUAUGCCCAUUGAAACAUUUAAUUUCUUAGGAAUCGAAAUUUGAAUAAAUUCCAAGAAGUGGCAUGGUAGAGAAACAAAAACAUGAAAUUGUACAAAAGGACGUAAAAGAAACAAUACAUGAUAUAUUUGAAAUAUACAUACAUCGUAGAAUGAUAAAAUGUACAGUUUCAUAAAGCCAAUAUUAGAUUUACUCUUUGUUAUAAGAAGAAAGAUUUCAUUUGUUAUUCUCAAGAUAAAAAGUUUUUUGUUUUUUUUAUGUGCUACUUUUCACACCUAAUUUAUUCCAUGUAAUUAGCAUCAUCUGUGCCAUUAAUCAGGGAUUUCUUAUCAGAACCUUUUGUCGUGAUAAGUUGAUUGAGAAUUCUUUGUGCCAUACAUCUUGGUUUGCCUUUGUCUGUCCAGGCUGAGACGAUGCCAAGUUUAUUUUGAUUUCUUGUUUUAGCGUUGCUUGAUUUCACUGGAGCAUACGUUGCAAUGACAAGUGACUGGACACCUUGCUUUAAUCUAGAUACCUCAUAUUUUGUGAAACCCCCCAGGGCAUGUUAUCUAUUUAUAUUCUUUUGUGUUUGUUUAUUUUCUUCUAUUCUUCUGUCGUUCUUACUACAAGAAGAGCCUGAGUAUAAUCUUGCUUCUUCUGCAAGCCACUUUACAGUCACUUUACAAUCACUUACACGGUCCAUGGUAUCAGUAACAUGAAAAUAGUUUUUUUUGCUACUCUGAGACGUAAAUUGUGUUUCCAGUUUUAACUCUAGUGAAAAUAGUAGCCCUUAGUCCACAGUGCAUUAGCCUGGCUGCCUGCUACUGUCCUCUCCUCUGUUCCAGGUAUGAAUGCUGACAGCCUCCAUCCCUUGCUGUCCUGCAGGAGGUUUGGGUUGGGACGUCAUCUUCAUUUCUGAAGGAAGGUCUGAAACUGAAAAUUCAAGCAAGUUAUCUUUGGUGAUACUUUGAGCUCACUGAUGGCAGUCAACAAAAUGUUGACAUAACAUUAUCUUCUGUUCUAACUUUAUCUUCUGUUCUUUCUGUGUUUCACUGGAGCCCAUUAGAGGUUUAAUAUUUCCAGCUUUAGUUCUCAACUGUUUCUGAAAAUGAUUUUGUGCCAAAUUUAUUGCUCAUGAAUCUAGUUGGCAUGGUCCAGCAAACCAAGGUUUCCUUUAUUUCAAGUCAAUGGAUGUGUCUUGAAACUUACCUCCACAUCAUCCUCCAUUGCCCCUUGAGGAAGAGCCAUGUACUUUUUUUUUAGGUCAAAUAGCUUAGACAAUUAUUUGGUAGAUUAAUGCCUAAUCUAAAGUAAUAUAUUUUGUUUUCUCUGCUAUCAAAAUGUAGUUUAGAAUGAAUAUAUCUGAAAAGAACUUAGAAAGAUAUAACAAUGUUUCAUAAUAGCAAUGAAAUAGCUAAGAUGUUUUAACUGAUAGCAUCAUAAGAACACAAAAUUGAAGGAUCCUAAAACCUAGAAUAAAUCUAGCUCUCUAUAUUUUUUUAAUGCAGGGCUGGUGGAAGGGAGCACAAAACUUGUCAAAAUAUUUCUUUGAAAAAUAAUUAUGGACCUAUUUGAUCAUAGCUGUAUAACUGAUUCAGUUAAUUUAAAAUUAGUAACUGUCUGUAUCAGUAUCUAUUCAAAGAUAUUGAAUAAGUUUGUUAAGUACUGGUAUUUCCUUUAUUUUUCCAAGAGUCAUCAGAAUACAAAAGAGAGUGUCUUGUGCCCAUCAAAUCAUUCUAUCAGAGAAGUGCUGUGAAAUUGAAUGGCAGAGAUAUAUCUUUUUUUUUAAAUUCUUAAUUUGUGUACUAACCACUGCACUAGUUUAACUCCAUAGCUGUAAGCCUGAUUUUAUUUUCUAUGUGUGUGAUACUUAGUUCUAUUGAAACAAAAUCACUUUUUUUUUUCUCAUUUGUGUAGCAACCUUGGUUUGUGCCCAUAUUUUGGUGUUGUGAUUUAAACCUUAUGAGUGACUAUAGUAAUACUAAACCACAUAGAAAUGUGUAUGACCUCGUCCCAUGGAGAUAUGCUGUGCCAUCAUUACAUUAUGUGCCGUCAUAAACUGUUUGAUCUGCUCUCAGCAUGACAUUGUAUUUACACACUAGUUUUUCAAAUGGGUUUCAAUAUUUUAGUGAGUUGCAGAUACAUUUUUGUCUUUUUCUGUUGUUUUUGAUGUCCCACUGAUGACUUUCGGCCAAUAUGCACCAUUCAUAGUAGCUGACUGUAGCUUAGAAUCAUAGAAUUAAAGUGCUGUAUCGCUCAUUCUGUUUAGCACCUAUUCUCUACAAACUUUGUUUGCAUUAUGCUUUAAUUAUUUUAAAAUAUUUUUUUUUGAUGUGCUGUAAAGAAUAAAAUUCUAAUUUUCAAAUGUCAAAACGACAGAUACUUUUCUUUUAAUUCCUAUUAUUUUGCUAUGUCUAUAAGAUGAUAUGCUCUGGAAAAAAAAAAAAAGCUCUGUGUUUGGUGUCAGAGUUGAGCCACAAUAAGUUAUUCCCCCACUAUGUUGUUAUAAUGUUACUAAUGUGAUAUAUAUAUAUAUAUAUAUAAAUGGAAAAAAAUAAUGUAGAUGCUCAAAUGUGACUUUGUUUAUAGCUACUCCAGCCGUAGUUAGUCUUCAACCAAUGUAUGGCUGCACUGAAGAAAAUAAAACCUUUUUUAAUUUAAUCUUUUCAUUUGACAUUCUGUUCUAUUGUUACUUAUGCAUGAAUGAUAUCUCUCCCAGCUAUUUCUUUGCUAAUAACUAAUGGAAGGAAUCAGAACUGCGGACACUAUUCAGACGAUUACCUCAUUGAGUUUGAACUGUUUGUAUAGAUAUAUUUCCCUUGUUUGUUUGUGUUUGUAUAGAGAGAUUUGUUUGCAAUAUUAAUGAUGGCAGGGGGGAUGCUGUUUUAUUUCUCUACCACAGGUCAAUGUACAUGAAUUGUUUUAAUGGCCAACCCAAUGUUACUACACACUGUGGGAAGUGCAUGGCUGUCAAUAAUGGCACUUUAUCAUUUUGUUGAAUGUUAGUAUUUAAUUUUUGACAAUAUGAAGUUGGUAAUAAUCUAAUUCAUUAGCAGUUUCUUGCUUUCCUUUUUUUUUUUUUUUUUUUUUUUUUUUUUUUUAAAUACAAGAAAUCCAUGUUGCUGUAACUUUUUCAAUGCAGUUUGUUUUAGUGUAAUGAACACGUUUGAAACUAUCCCUUCCCACACACACACACACACACACACGACUUUCUUCCCCCCCCCCCCCCCACCCCCACCCCAUUUGUUAUUAGACAGUUUGUGUUUCCGUUGUUUACAAAAAAAUAACGAGAUCGCUCUCCCCUGAAAUACUCGAUCAUAAAUAAUUCGGAUGAACUGAAAUGAUGAUCAUCUUUGAUUACAUUCAAAACUGUCAGACAUGGUGUGUGAAUAAGCUUGAACUGUUAAGAGCUGAAAAAGUAAAAUUCUAAUCAGUUGUCUCCACUUUGACUUUGUAAUACAGUCUGAGCCAAUUGUUUUUUGUUUUCUUAGAUUUGUGUAGCGUGUGUGCAAAAGUUCUAUAAGUUUUAAUAAUAAUGUAUAAAAAAAAUAAUAAUAUGUCUGUAGACAAUGAAUAAAUAAAAUUUAACAAGACUCCAAGAAAGCUUCACAUAAAGUAGACCCUAUUCCAGCUGGUAACAUUCAAUACUUUUGUGUUUCAGCAACUUUCCCAUGUAACCUUUAGCAGAGUUUUUUUGUUUGUUUUUUUUACUUUGUUCCUAUUCUGAUUCAUCUAGCAACAUGGAAAUAAAUAACUUUAUUGAAAUACAAAAUAAUGGUGAGCAUGUAUAUAUAUAUAUAUAUAAAUGUAUGGUAAUUUUUUUAUUUUUUUUUUACCUUUUGUGUCUUCAUUUUAAAACAAGUGAUAAAAUCUAGAAUGAAUCUUGUUGAGAUGAUUCUGACUUGGCUAAAUACUGUUUGUUUAAUUCACUCUUAAUGUUUACUAUUUAUUUUUGUACAAAACAGAAAUUGGUCUUUUUUUUCUUAUUUGUUUGUAUAUAUAUAUCUUAGAGAUUGGAUGUUUACAUAGUUGACUUGAUCAUGAUCAUAUCUCUCUUGUUAUUGCACUGGAUGAAUUGCUCAAAAAAUUGCUUGUUGUUUGUCAUUGGACUGAAUUCUUUCAUUUUUGCCAAAUGCCUCUCUAUCCCUGUGACGAAAUUGUCAUUCUUUAUUUAUUGCUCUGAGUAUAUCUGGAACAUCUCUGUGUUAGUCUUGGAGGUUCAUUGAUCCACCUUCUUUGUGUUUGGAGGUCCACCACACUUGUUUGACCAACACUCAAGUUUUGAAACAGUUAGAAACAUUUUUGCCCAAAGUAGGAAGAUGUAUGAACAUAGUCAAGACACUUUUUUUUUUAGAACUCUAUUCCUAGUUUUCUAUGCUUUGAAAUUGUACAUGAGCUUUCCUUAAACUUUUGUAUAUAACUGAAGUAGCUUUUUAUAUGUGUCAGUGAACUAAGAGAUACACUUGUUCAACCUUGAAAGUGUGUUCCAAGCUGGGUUUUUUUUUUUUUUGAUGGUAUUAGACAUAUUUCUUUGGCUUCCCCACUCCAUAGAUAUUUAAGUUUGCUUGAUGAUGCCAAUAAAUGAAAAAAAAAACAACUCUCAGCUUGAGUGUAGGCAAUUUGUGAAAGUGUUACUCUCUGUAGUCUUUUGAAGUCUGAGUUAAUUUUAUGCUUGUUGAUGAAAUGGUUUAUAUUCACAAAUUGUAGACAGGGUUUUUACUGAAUUUAAUUGAAGGAAUUGAAUAGAAGAAAUGGAGUUCCUGUUCAACACUAAGUUGAGAAAACCAAACAUAAUACUGCAGUUAAGGAAAUGUUUCACUCAAAUCACUUUGUUUUAUAUAAUGAACAUUUGGUUGACAUAGUUGUCUUUCCGAUAGGUAUUUCUUUAGAACAGCUCAAGCGAGAUUGUCUUUCCCAAGUGACUUGAGUUUGUAAGACACUUGUUAGUCACCUAGUUAGCUUAAUACAUGUCUGUUUAUAAAACAAUCUGCUUGUUUUUGUAUGCUAAGAAAUUGAACAAUUCACAUUAGAACUGUUGAGAUUUUCAUUUUUUGAGAUGAUUUUUUUUUGUCUGUUUCGCUGUUGCUUCAAUGAAACGCUGAAAGAUAUAUAAAACACUUUGUUACUUUUUGACCACUGUACAGCUGGGUAUAUUUUUAGGACAUUGGAGUGCCUGUCAGCCAUGCUAUUAAACAAAUUUUACUGGCCAGGAAAUUGAACUAAAUGUGUGUGUGGGAACAUCCAGAGUUUGAACACAUAAUUAUCUUCUCUUUUGAAGUAAGCCGUAAUUCAUUAUAAGAUUUGCCCACAAGUUUCACUUGCUUGAGUUACCUAAAGGUACCAGACCUCCUUCCUAAAAAUAUGCCCUUUUCACUGGACAUUAUAACAUUGUUAACCUUGCCGGCUGAUUUACUAUUAUUGUAUUCUUACGAUGCUGUACUGUUAUGAGUGGGGGGGAAGGUGGGGAUAUACAGCAAGAAGUCUUGAUGGUUGUGAUGGUUACAUGUGAAGGCACCACACAGUAUGGCAUGGACACUUUUGAAACUAAGUGCAAAAGCUGUAACAAUUUUUUGAUGAGGAAUUAAUACUCAACUGUUUGAUGAUUUUGAUUGUUGAUAUCAUAAUUUUAUUUUUAAUUUGCGCUCUAACAAACAAGUGUAGCUGUGUGUUGACCUCAAUGUUAUGCAUAUAUUUUGUUAAUACAUAUUCAUAACUUUGAUAUAACUGUACUUUGUUUCAUUUGCUUACAUUUUCUUGUUCUAUACACUUAUGAUAUAUAUCUAUAUACUGUUAACAACAUGGGUCAUUUUUAUUUGAACAUUUCAUUAAAGUAGGGGACACAGUCAUAUAAAUUGAUAACAUUGCAUGCAUGCAGCUUUCCCAGACCCCAAUGGAAAAUCAGUAGUUCUCCUAGUUUCUCAAGGGAUAUACUUUCAAAGAUGUUUUAACAUGAGCUUGUGUUGAACUAGAGGGACAUCACACAAUAUCAAUGUCCGCCCUCCACCUUGCCAGUUUAUUGCAUUAUUUGUUUUUGCUGAUUGAACACUAAUACUUUGGAGCCACUCCCCCCUGCCCCACUCUCCCAAGUGUUGAUGUGAUGCCUGAAAACGUUGCAACCAAUAAUUCAUCAGAUUUUCAUAUACAUUGUACAAUAAAUCUCUAUUUUGUCAAUCUUUUCAAGUGUAUAUUUCAGAGAUGACUUUGUUUUUGUUAUACAUCAUUUUAUUUUGGCAGUUCAGUUUCAAGUCUUGUCUUCAAACUUUUUAAGUUGUUUUUUUUUUAAGUUUGUUUUUGUUUGUCUGUGUUUAUUUUAGUAGAUAAACCUUGUUACAUUCCUUGUUCUUGACAAUAGAUCAGUUAGUUGAAUACUA